AAAAAGCAAGACAACAAACGGCAACGCGCCGGCGGGGAGCGGGGGGAGCUCCUCGCUCGGGGGCGGGAGGAAGGGAGUCAGGCGCGAUCCUGAGCUUUCGUCCCUCCCGGCUCCAUCUCUGCCUCUCCCGGUGGGUGGCGGGGGGGCACGGGGGGGUGUGCUGCCCCCUCGCACCCCGGCUGCCCCCGCUGCAUGCAGCCGCCGGAGCGCCGCAGCCCAAGAGGACACGCCAGGGAAUUUGAAGUUCUGGUGAUCCGCCAUGGGGAACCAUGUAGGAAAACGAGAACAUAACACUGACAAGUCAACCAAGAAUGCUGAAACCAAGGUGGAGGAAGCAACUAAGGAGAGUCCAAAAGCAGCCAGACUAACACAGCAGUCUUCAGAGGAUAAUGAAGUAUUUGGAGAGGCAGAUGUGAACCAGAACAAUGGGACCUCCACGAAGAGCCCAGCGGUGACAGACUCCAAAGGCACAGCAGACCCGAAGAAUGCCUGGCCCGAGGCCAACCCAGCUGACACGACCGGUCGCCCCCACUUGAUCCGCCUCUUUUCCCGAGAUGCCCCAGGAAGAGAAGACAACACCUUCAAAGAUCGGCCCUCGGAGUCAGACGAGCUACAAACCAUCCAAGAGGACAGUGCAGCAGCUUCGGAGAAUUCGGAUUUGAUGGCUUCACAAAAACGCUCCUCUUUCCGGCACGGAUCAAAAAUGGCAUCUGCGAGCACUACAGACCAUGCUAGACAUGGAUCUCCAAGGCACAGAGACUCGGGUCUACUUGACUCGCUGGGCAGAUUCUUUGGAGGUGAAAGACACGUUCCCCGGCGGGGCUCGGGCAAGGACAUACAUGCAGCCAGGGCAAGCCACCACGUAGGGUCCAUCCCCCAGAGAUCUCAGCAUGGCCGGCCUGGUGACGACAACCCCGUAGUCCACUUCUUCAAGAACAUUGUCUCACCCCGUACACCUCCCCCAAUGCAAGCAAAGGGAAGAGGAUUAUCCCUCACCAGAUUUAGCUGGGGUGGUGAAGGACACAAGCCAGGAUAUGGAGGAAGCGGAAAAUUCUAUGAGCAUAAAUCUGCUCACAAGGGACAUAAGGGAUCCUAUCAUGAGGGCCAGGGCACUCUUUCCAAAAUCUUUAAACUGGGAGGCUCUGGGUCCCGACCUGGAUCGCGGUCUGGUUCACCAGUUGCUAGGCGCUGAAGCUCUAAGAUGCCACCCGAGGAUCACGUACUCUGCUUCAUAAUGUAACUGCCUUAAAAUUAAUAACAACUGCAACAAUUACCUAGAUAGAUGCAAUCCAUUACUUAAUGCCAAUUAGGUUCUGCAUGCAGUAGAUCAUACAAACUUCUAUUGGCAAUCCCUGACCAACAGUUGAAUGAAAGGAACACAAAAAGUAGCUUUACUAGAUGUUUUCCUUAUUUUAUGUGAAGUAACAGGAUCUCUGACUUUACUCAUUCUUCUUCAGGAUGCCCUAACUGUAUGCUGGACUUCAUUAUUUCUCCCAAGCACCUAAUUUGAGCUCAAGUCUCCUGGUUUCGUUUUAGUGAACAUCAGAAUUACAAAUAAAGAGCUAAUGUCUUGGAUACUGAGCACUGCUGUUAAUGAAUUUCUGAGACACUGCUGUUAAAAAAAAAAAUUCCACCAUGUGCAGAAGUUGUAAGGACUGUUUAUCCAAACACUUUUUUUUGAUUUGGUUUUUUUUUUUUUUUAAUUUUGUUUUAAUCUUCCUUCUCUCACUCACAGAAUAAUUUAUUUUCAUAACAGGAUUAGGCAGUCAUGGAAAGGUUUACCAAACAUUGGGAGUUCAAGGUAUGUGAAGCGUGGGAGGGGGCAGAU